UCCAUUUUACACGUACAAAGUGAUCGAGUGUGUAAAGAAAGACACAUCAUCAAACCAAUAUUGCGCACAUAACGCUAAUAAACUUUUGCACACAGACUUUGGCUCAUUGAUAUUUCGUCCAUUGAAAGAAGACUUUGGGCUAACCAGCAAUGGCGUCCCAAACUUAUUUUAGUGUCGUGGGCAUAGCGUUCCUCGUUCUACUAUUCGUCCAAUCCAUUUCGCUAUCGUCGUCAGCCGGAGAUGGUGACCAUGAUCAUGAUCACGAUUCGGAGGAGGAAUACUUUGCUGGGGUCGGAAACUUUCUCUUAGAUCAGGAACUGUCAGCACAGAGAUAUUCGGGGGAUUUUGAGGAAAAUCAUGACCAAAACAUCACUUCGACACAAGUCGAAAUUUUAGUUUCGACGCUCUUUUCAAGGGUUGGAUGUGAAAGUCUCGCCGAUAACUGCUCAAAGUGCGCCGUUGAUUUUGUGACCGACCUGUUUACUGCCCUCAACGUUGACUCGACGUAUGGUUUCAGCGAGGAUGUGUUCCAUGAAGCGGGGCCCUUGCUGCUUUAUGCUCUGUUCGACUUGGAGGCCUUGUGUGCCGCCGGGCCUGGCGGGACGGAUCUCGACGAGGAGGUGGUGUUUGGGAAGUUGAUGUCCGCUGAAGAAAAUGGGGCGAAUUCUACCUUGUCGGAAGAGGACCUUGAAGAAAUUUUCCACUCAAUCAGUGAGAAUUACACGGCAGAAACACAGACAACGUGUUUCGAUGUCGAAUCGGUCUUUACUGCAUCAGUCAACGACCACGAGGCGGGAGCGAACGAAUCGGAGGUCCACGCCAUCGCCGGGCUCGUAGUCUCCAGCAUCCUCCAGGGAUACUGUAUCGGCGAGGCGACGUUGCCGUCGCCCGAGGCCUUCGUGGACAUAAUCUUUGACUCAUUCGCCGAAGGCGGAGUUAUUCCCGAAGAAGAGUUCGAACAUAUGCUCUCGGACCUUGGCAUUGGUGCUUCCUCGGCCGAACACGAUGACCAUGCCGCCGACGCUGGCCAUGACGACCACGAUCACAGGCGAAGGCGUCAUGCUGAUGACAUUUCGGUGGCAGCGGUGGGAUACAUCCAUCGCGUGAGGCGGGUGGUCGAUGACCACGGCCAUGACCACGGUGCUCACUCCGAUGAGCUCAAUGUAUCUGCUACAUGCUACUCGGGGGAGGAACUCCUAGACAUUCACGGAAUCGAUCACGAAGCUGGUAUCACGGAGUCCCAGUACGCAGCCCUGGCCCCGUCAUUAAUCCAACAGAUUUUAUCGGGUGUCUGCAGCGCAGACGUACACGUGGAUCCAACCAAUACAUACACAGAUGCAGAAAUUUGGGGCUACAGUCACUUAGCAGUACUGGUCAUCAGUCUCGUCGCCAUCCUUGGCGCCCUUUUUCUUCCCUGUAUGAGUGGAUUCGUGUAUGAAGCCAUUAUUCAGACGAUGAUGGCCCUUGCCGUUGCUACGCUCACUGGGGAUGCAUUAUUACAUCUUAUACCACAGGCUGUGGGAUUGCAUGCACACGACGCUUCCGGCCACGCCCACACCAAUCAUGGGCCCCUCAAUCCUGAACUAGCAUACGUCUGGAAAUGCCUGGUGAUUGAAUUAGCCAUCUACUUCUUCUUCUUGGUUGAAAGGGUUUCCAGUUUGGCAAAUUUCGGCGGACACUCGCACUCCCAUGAAGAGCCAGCAAUAAACAUGGAAUCCACCGAGAAUUCAGCCAAAGGAUUAGGCAAAAUGACCGAUUCGAAGAGAAACUUGGCAGAUUCCGAGAACGGAGAAGUGGACAUAAAUGAGUCAUAUUGCUUUCAAGGGUGCGGAACAUUGCCUCUCAUGAUCAUCGUUGGGGACGCCCUGCAUAACUUCGGAGACGGUCUGGCGAUCGGUGCUGCCUUCACCCUCGGCAUCCCCGCAGGACUCAGUACGAGUAUCGCCGUAUUCUGUCACGAGCUACCUCACGAGCUAGGUGACCUGGCCGUCCUUCUGAAUAAUGGCAUGCGCCUCUUGACAGCGGUGUUUUGGAAUUUCAUGUCGGCUUGCGUUUGUUUCGUGGGACUGUGGGUCGGCAUUCCUCUUGGUCAAACGGAGAACGCGAGGGAAUGGAUUUUCGCUGCUACCGCCGGCACGUUUCUCUACGUUGGUCUUGUUCACAUGCUCCCUCUACUCCAUAGAUACAAGGGACCCAGAAAAGGUGUCAUAUUUUUAUUCCAGAAUUUAGGCUUCCUACUAGGUAUGGCCAUAAUACUGAUUAUUGCCCUCUACGAAGACGCCAUCAACGUCGCAAUCUAAACAUGGCAACAUUCGGGAGGACGCUAUCAGCGUUGCAAUCUGAACAGGGCAGUCUUUGGGUAGAUCAAAAUAUCACAACUACUACUGACUUGGAACUAUCUUCAGCGUUAAUGAGGGAAGGAUUGUCAUUCUUUUAAAAUUGAAUUUUGAUUAAUAAUUGUUAUAAUAAGAAUUAUACCGAUGGACCAGCCAACUCGGUGUCCCAUCGAUUAAAAUAAAAGUAAACAAUAAACAAGUGAUGUAUUUCUUAUGAAUGUAUAUCUGAUGAUACUACGUUAAUUUUCACUUCACGUUGGCUGUCAUAAACAAUAAUUAUCAGCAUAUAUGAAUGCAUUCCUAUUUUUAUAUUUCAUUCAUUUUCAUGUUAUUACCGAUGUUCCUGCUUUGUUCUCUCUGGGUUAUAUUUGUAAUCCAAAGUUUUUGUGUAAUAUAACCCUUACUUAUAUUUUUUUAUUUUAAUAUACGAUUCCUUUAUUUGAUGUAAUCACAAUGAUGUAAUCACUGUAAAAAUUGUAGUUUUAAGUAAAAACUGACACCAAUUGGUGUUAAUAGAGGACCACACCCUGAGGUGUUAAAAUUACACCCUAAAGAUUGAAAAUAACACCAAAGAGUGUAAAUGUAACACCAAAGGUGUUGUAAUUACACCAAUAGGUGUAAGACUAACACCACCAAUUUAACACCAGUGUAAAAUAACCGGUGUGGUCCUCUAUGUACACCGGUUAGUAACGUUGUUAUUAUUCAUAAUGAUCUGGACUCUAAAAUGUUUUAUAGUUACCUAUACAUUACUACCGGUGUGUUGGCUCAGUUGGUAGAGCGUCCGUCUCACAACCGGGAGGUCGGGGGUUCGAACCCCUGAAGCGUCAGACAAAAAGACGUUAAAAGAUUGGAGAUGCUGCUACCCUGUUUGGAGUUCAACGAUUAAAAGGAAUAGAGUCUUGUCGGUCUGGCGUUGCACAGUGGGUGCCGGGCCCUAGAUCAAUUGGGAAAAGCAAACUUUCGGAGUAUUUCAUUUCAUGUCUAAUUCUAACAAUAAAUGAUGGUUUGUCAUUUUCAUUACUUCCUUAGUGUCCAUUAGUGCCCCAUCUCAAUUUAUUUCUUUCAUUUGUAGUGUUUUUCAGUGAAUAAAUCAUACUAUUAUUUUUUAUAUAUAUCUGUCUCGUUUUCAUUUAUGUAAAAAUAAUCCUUUAUUUAUGCUCCCAAGCAUUGCGUAUAUAUUUUUGAUUCAGAUUUUUAUUCUAUUUUCGUGUAUAAUAUGAUGGUUUAUGUCAGAAUUUUUAUUCUGUUUUCAUCGUGUCAUUGAUGAAAAACACCUUUAUGCUGAUAUUUUGUACCUGGAUUUUAAUAAAUGGCAAACAAAAUAGCUAAGAGCAACAAAAAAGAAAAGGACCAAAUAGAAAAUAAAUAAAAAUGUAGCAAUGAUUUUCUAGCUUGCAUAUAUAUAGGACAUAUAAUACGUUGCAUUUCUGAAAUAAUAAUGCAUUAUUUUUUAAAAACCUGAAUGGAAGAGGGAUAUAAAGUUUGAGUUCAUUUCUUGCAUUGUAUGAUGUGAUUCAAUCUGAAAUACUCUUGAAUAGGAAUGUUCAAAAUGGCCAAUGUGUUGGACAUACGUCUGACCAAAUAAUUGUCUAGAUUUACUAAAAUUAUCGUUAAGUAGAGCCUGAACGAUUUCUUUUUAAUUGUCCAAUAUUUUUGGUCGGAUACCUAUUUCUCAACAAAUUGGUUAUUCUAAUUAAUAGAUUUUGUACAGAUUAAAUAUGUAUAAUGAUAAGCCCUGAUCAUCAUGCCUUUUAAACAAAAAAAUUUUAUCCAAUAUUGGGUAAAAUGGGAACAUGCAUGUUGGUUGGGUAAAAAGAUACUAAAUAUAAUAUGAAUUUUAUGUAUUCUUGCGUUGGAACUAACCCUUCAAACAUGCAAUUUGCCUGAUAUUUGGGGAAAACUUAACCAACAUGCAUGUUCACUUUUUACUCAAUGUUCGGUUAUAUUUAUUCGCUAUUUUUUUUAGAGUGUAAUGAUAUUGAGGUUAUAGAAAUACUUAUUC